CAUGGCUUUUCAUGAAUCCUAUCCACGAGAACUCAUCUUUCUUUCUUAACAAACACAAUUAUUUUCAAUCUUUAAUUUCUUCGGUCGACCAGAAAUAUCCUGUUUCCAAUCCUGUCUGGAGAUAUGGAUAGACUGCCAAAAUGUGGAGCAAAUUAUGUGCCUCUCACCCCCCUCACUUUCUUGCUCAGGGCUUCCAAAUGCUACGCCGACCGCAAAUCCGUCGUCUACGGCGGCGUUAGCUUCACGUGGCGCCAGACCUACGACCGCUGCUGCCGUCUCGCCUCCUCUCUCCGAGCUCUCAACGUUGUCAAGAACGAUGUUGUUUCGGUGUUGGCCCCGAAUGUUCCAGCUAUGUACGAGAUGCAUUUCGCGGUGCCAAUGGCGGGGGCGGUGCUGAACACAAUCAACACGAGGCUGGAUGCCAAGAACAUUGCUACCAUUCUCAGGCACUCUGAGGCGAAGGUGUUCUUCGUGGACUAUGAAUAUGUGGAGAAGGCCGGGAAGGCGGUGGAGUUGUUGAUGGCGGAGAAUACUACCCAAAUACCCUUGGUGGUUGUGAUCGACGAUUUGGAUUCCCCGACAGGAAUCCGCCUGGGCGAGCUUGAGUACGAGCAGCUAGUACUCCAAGGGAAUCCCAAUAUGGUGGCAGAGGAGAUCAACGACGAGUGGGACGCGAUUACUCUGAGUUACACGUCCGGCACCACGUCGGACCCGAAGGGCGUGGUGUAUAGCCACAGGGGGGCGUUUUUGAGCACUUUGAGCUUGAUUUUGGGGUGGGAAAUGGGGACCGACCCGGUUUAUCUUUGGUCACUGCCAAUGUUCCACUGCAACGGGUGGACUUUCACUUGGGGUGUCGCGGCCCGAGGUGGGACCAACGUGUGCAUACGCAACACCACGGCUAAAGAAAUGUACGACGCUAUAGCGGUCCAUAAAGUCACCCACAUGUGUUGCGCUCCUAUCGUGUUCAAUAUUCUCUUAGAGGCUAAGCCGACCGAGCGCCGCGCUCUGGCCGCCCCGGUCCAGAUCCUGACCGGCGGGGCGCCGCCCCCGCCCGCCCUCCUCGGGAAAAUCGAGCAGCUCGGCUUCCACGUCGUCCACGCCUACGGGCUGACCGAGGCGACCGGCCCGGCCCUCGUGUGCGAGUGGCAGGGGAAAUGGAACUUAUUGCCCAAAGAGGACCAAGCCAAUUUGAAGGCCCGACAGGGGCUUAGCAUAUUAACGUUAGCCGAUGCCGAGGUCGUUACCGACCUUAAAACCAUGCAACGGGUCCCACGGGACGGGAAAACCAUGGGAGAAAUCGUCCUCCGAGGUAGCAGCAUCAUGAAAGGCUACUACAAGAACGCCAAGGCAAAUUCCGAGUCCUUCGUUAACGGCUGGUUCGUCACCGGCGACGUCGGGGUUAUCUACCCCGACGGCUACUUAGAAAUCAAGGACCGGUCCAAGGACGUCAUCAUUUCCGGCGGAGAAAACAUCAGCAGCGUCGAGGUCGAAAAAGCAAUCAUGAAACACCCCAACGUGUCAGAAGUCGCUGUCGUGGCCAUGCCGCAUCCUAGGUGGGGUGAGAGCCCCUGCGCAUUUAUAGUCGAAAAAUCCGCCGGAAAAUUGAAGGAAUCGGAAAUCGUGGCGCAUUGCCGGAAAACCCUGCCGGGAUUUAUGAUUCCCAAGAAAAUCCAAUUCGAGAAAGAAUUGCCCAAAACUUCAACUGGGAAACCUAUAAAACAUUUGCUAAGGGCAAAGGCAAAGACUUUUGUGAUCUCAGAAAACGUGAAUGAGCCAAGCAGCAAAAGGUCAAACCAAGUCAACCGGGAAAAGCCGAGAUAUUACGAUCAAUCUCCGGAGCAAGUUCUCGCUAUGUCUCGUCUCUAAAUAAAUUAAACAAAUACAUGUAUGUAUAGAUAAACAAAAGCAUCAUCUGAUCUGAUCUGAUCCAAGUGUUUUGUUCUUUUCUUCUUGUUUUAAUAUUGCUUAGUAUGCAACUAUGCACGUGUACCUUUUAAUCUUUAUGGGUGCUAUUUUCGAAUCUCUCUAAACAAAUGAAUUCAUAUCAUCACCUGCUAAUUGGUGGUUUUUUAUUUUA